AUGGUGAAGUUCCAGAAGCAGCUGGAGGGCCAGCUCGUCCCAGAGUGGCGGGUGAAGUACUGCGACUACAAGCAGCUCAAGAAAGUUGUCAAGAGAAUCAAAAACCAGAUCCUACAUACCAAGAACCAGCAGCACAAGGUGUUCGAUCCAAAUGUCUUCUCGGUUGUGCACAAGACGAGAAUUGCAGAUGGCGAGGAUUUUUACGAGACGGAGCUGUUUGGAACUCGAUCGGAUCACGAAAAGAGCUUCUUUUUCGGCCUUGACGAUCAGCACAACAAAGUGGACAAGUUUUUUAGAUGCAAGGAAGACGAGUACGAUGCUCAAGCACAGCAACUUCACAUCCAAAUGCAAGAGCUCAUCGCUAUGCAAGAGCUUGAAGGGGAGCCCGGCAACAAAGGAAAGGUUCAGCGAGCAGCCAAGAUGCUCCAGACGGCCUUUGUCGAAUUUUAUCGUGGGCUUCGACUCCUAAGAAACUUCAGUUAUCUCAAGAUGGUCGAAAGCUCUCACUUUGCAACGUCGGACAAGGUGUGA